AUGACAGACCGCAUCUCCCAAAUCGCCUCCCACCUAAACCACCCCAAAGGCCUCCUCGCCGGGCAGGUCGCCAUUAUAACCGGCUCAGGGCAAGGCAUCGGCGCCGAGACAGCCCGCCUCUUCGCCAACGAGGGCGCCAAAGUAAUCAUCUCCGACAUCGACGGCGCCAAAGCCCGCUCCGUCGCCGACGCAAUCAACUCAACCCACGGCGGAGGCCGCGCCCUCGCUGUGCCGGGCGACAUGCUCUCGGCCGACUACAUCGCCACCCUCGUCUCGCAGGCGGCCUCCUUCGGCAACGGCAAGAUCCACCACGUCGUCAACAACGCGGGUUACACCUGGGACGGCGUCAUCCACAAAAUGUCCGACGCGCAGUGGGACACCAUCCUCGCGCUGCACUCGACCGCGCCCUUCCGUCUAGUCAGGGCCGCCGCGCCGUACUUCCGCGUGAAAGACGGCGAGAACAGGUGUGUUGUCAACAUCAGCUCGACCUCGGGCGUGCACGGCAACGCCGGCCAGGCCAACUACGCCAUGGCCAAGGCCGGCGUGACGGGGCUGACCAAGACGAUCGCGAAGGAGUGGGGCCCCGCGUUCGGCGUGCGCAGCAACACCGUGGCGUUCGGGCACAUCAAGACGCGGCUGACGGACGCCAAGGAGAAGGGCGCGUUCAUCGUUGGGCCGGGCGGUGAGAAGAUUGCGCUGGGCAUCCCGCAGGCGCAGAAGGCGGCGGCGGCGGGUGGCGAGCAGCAGGCUCACGCGGAUAUCCCGCUGCGCAGGCCCGGCUCGCCGACGGAGGCUGCGUCCGCGGUGUUGGCUGUGGCGAGUCCGCUGUUUAGUUAUGUGACGGGGCAGACCAUCAUGGUGACCGGCGGACGCAACAUGUGA